AUGACGGAUACUUCAUUUCUGAAACCCUAUCGUCACAUCAAAUUAGACUGCGACGAUGAGAAAUGGCUCCAACUGAGGGAGAAUGAUGAAGGAAUGAAAGUUGUUGAACGAGACAAUGAAUGGGUACUGCUGGAGGAUUUACUACAAGAGCUGGGAGCUACCAUCGUCGAAGAGGAAACCUUACCCAGUCCAAUAGCCCAAGUCCCACACGAAGGCUACACCAAAAAGGAUCAAUACAGCCGAGUGUCUAUUCAAUGGCUGGAAUGGCUGGCUCAUUCCAAAGGCAUUCGCAUACAACACGCGUUGAACGAUGGUGAAUUUCGCAUCCCGGGUCACAAAUACUCAGCGGAUGGGUAUUGUAGGGAGACAAAUACUAUAUAUCAGUUCGACGGUUGUAUGUUUCACGGAUGUCGCGCGUGUUACCCUCACAACCGUGACACAACCGUUCUGCCACGAACGCAACAGUCCCUUUCAGAACUGUAUGCACUCACCAUGAAAAGGAAUGAAUUUUGGAAAUCUCAAGGGUACAAUUUGGUCACGCUGUGGGAGCACGAAUUUACCGAAAAGGUAAGAAGCAUGCCUGAGCUCAAAAACUUUGUCGAGAAACUGGAUCUGCAGGAACGCUUGGAUGUCAGAGACAGCUUUUUUGGAGGUCGCACCAAUGCCAUCAAACUCUACUACGAGGCCAGUGAGGAUGAAGAAAUUCUGUAUCAAGAUUUUACUUCAUUAUACCCGAGUGUCAACAAGUAUGGAAGAUAUCCAGUUGGUCACCCUACCAUCAUCACGCGGAACUUUAAGGCUUUGGACCAAUACUUUGGCAUUGCCAAAGUGAAAAUCCAACCUCCCAGAGGCCUUUAUCAUCCCGUCUUGCCUUACCGUUCCAAUGGGAAACUCAAGUUCCCGCUCUGCCGUACUUGCGCGGAUAUGGAACAACGAGAGCAUUGCGAGCAUACGGAAGUGGAACGGUGUUUCAUAGGUACAUUCUGCACUCCAGAACUUCUCAAAGCCUUGGAGAAAGGCUACGAAAUAGUAAAAAUUUAUGAAGUGUACCAUUGGUCCGAAAGCACUCAAUACGAUCCAGACACCAGAACGGGGGGUCUGUUCGCGGAUUAUAUCAAUACCUUCCUAAAGAUCAAACAGGAAUCUUCCGGAUGGCCCGCUCAGUGUAAAGAUGAGUCUGACAAGCAAAAGUACAUCGCAGACUAUUUCCGACAUGAAGGAAUACACCUAGAAUAUGAAAAAAUUCAAAAGAAUCCAGGACUAAGAGCCUUGUCCAAACUGUCUUUAAAUAGUUUCUGGGGUAAGUUUGCGCAGCGUUCCAAUAUGAAACAGACCAAAUUCAUCAAUCACAAUGACCUCGAGACAUUUUACAGUUUUCUCACAGAUCCAUAA